UUUGGGCGGCUCCUCGGCGUGUGGCGGUGGUGGCCUUAGCGGUUCCUCCCGGCCCUGUUAAUGCCAGGGCCAAGCCCGGGGAGGAUGGCGCCCUAGAGCCCGGCCUUGCUGGGGUAGGGGCGGGAGGGGGCCGGGGCGGGGACCGGCCAUGUCGGAGGUGACCCGGAGUCUGCUGCAGCGCUGGGGCGCCAGUCUUAGGAGAGGCGCCGACUUCGACUCUUGGGGCCAGCUGGUGGAGGCGAUAGAUGAGUAUCAGAUAUUAGCAAGACACCUACAGAAGGAGGCCCAAGCUCAACACAAUAAUUCUGAAUUCACUGAAGAGCAAAAGAGAACCAUAGGCAAAAUUGCCACAUGUUUAGAAUUGCGAAGUGCAGCGUUACAGUCCACACAGUCCCAAGAAGAAUUUAAACUGGAGGACCUGAAGAAGCUAGAACCAAUCCUGAAGAAUAUCCUUACAUAUAAUAAAGAAUUCCCAUUUGAUGUUCAGCCUAUCCCAUUAAGACGAAUUUUAGCACCUGGUGAAGAAGAGAAUUUGGAAUUUGAAGAAGAUGAAGAAGGUGGUGCUGGAGCAGGCCCUCCUGAUUCUUUUUCUGCUAGAGUUCCUGGUACUUUAUUGCCCCGAUUGCCCUCAGAACCAGGGAUGACGUUACUCACCAUCAGAAUUGAGAGAAUCGGUCUGAAAGAUGCUGGGCAGUGCAUCGAUCCCUACAUUACAGUCAGCGUGAAGGAUUUGAAUGGGAUAGAUUUAACUCCUGUGCAAGAUACUCCUGUGGCUUCAAGAAAAGAAGAUACAUAUGUUCAUUUUAAUGUGGACAUUGAGCUCCAGAAACACGUUGAAAAAUUAACCAAAGGUGCGGCCAUCUUCUUUGAGUUCAAACAUUACAAGCCUAAAAAGAGGUUUACCAGCACCAAGUGUUUUGCCUUCAUGGAGAUGGAUGAAAUUAAACCUGGGCCAAUUGUAAUAGAAUUAUACAAGAAACCCACUGACUUUAAAAGAAAAAAAUUACAGUUAUUGACCAAGAAACCACUUUAUCUUCAUCUACAUCAAACUUUGCACAAGGAAUGAUCCUGAUACAAAUAACCUGGAACUUGUGUGAAUUUUACCACUCCGAAACCAUCACAGCUCCGUGUAGCAAUUCACUCUUCACAGGCAGGAAUUGCCCUACCCAUGCCAGCUGGCCCACACGUCGGUUGCAAAGCCGGACCCCCGAACUCAAAAGUUCAGCACAUCACUGACCUAUCCUUUGGAUACAGGUUUAUUGUAGAUUUUGAAACAUUUUUUACCUAUUAAUUGUGCAAUUGAUUAUCUAUUUUCUCAUCACCACUACUUGCCCCUGCUUCCCAGACAGUACUGUUGUGGUCGAUGUGCUGAACUUCAGACAAUGCAGCAAUAAGAAUGUGCUAGAGUUUACAUUUCUGCUCGCUUUUCCUCCAGUAUGCUCUUCUGGCUUGAAUGUCACACUCUGGGUUGAGGUGGGUAGAAUUGCUCUGAGAGGAACUGGGCUAGCUACAUUGCCCAGGAAAGUCUGUCUGGAAGCUUAUAGGUACUCUUUAGAAGUGGCCUAGCUGAAUGCCAUAGAUCUCCUGCAUGGAAAGUGUGCCCUGGCCAGAUGAAAAUCCCACGUGGGGAGUUCCCCAGAUGACCAGACUGUUUUCCUGAAGUGAGCACAUGUACAGUCAGGUGGAUUAUCUGCUCCACUGCUCUUCUUCCUGGUAGAUUCUAGGGUUAACGUUGGAGCCAUCUCAGAACAACUCCAGGUCUUUAAUGUGUUUACAAUAUCUUUUAAACUGCAUCAUUUAGGAAGAGUUGGGUCAGAUGUUAAGAUACUGCGGAUAACUGCUGCUUUCCUGACAACCCAUUGUGAGACCUUAAGACCGCAUACCUCUCCUUAGUAUGCAAAAUCUGGAAAGAUAGUUUAUUUUUUUUAAUAUAGGUAGAUAUAAUUGCCAUUUAUUUCCUACUUAGAUAUACAGUCAUUCAUUCCUUUUGAAAAUAUGCAGGUCAUUAGUUUAUUUUAAAUUGACUAUUUACUUUUGAUGUAACGAGGCAUAAAUAAGAUUUUCAGAGCACAUGAUGUUGUUACACAGAACAUUAAGAUUUGUGAGGGGCUUUCUGUGGGUGAGACAUAGAACCCACAUAUUUUAAUAUUCACUUUUCAGUGUACAGUGCAUAAGGAGACUGCACUGUCAACACUGGACCUGUUUUUAAAUAGUAUAAUUCCACCACACCAUUCAAUAUAUUUGCUUCUUCAAGUAAGGAAUCUCAGUGAUAUUUUAGCCUUGCCCGUCAAGAAAUCUAGUCUUCGCUUUCAGCACCUACAAGGCCACAGUUUACUAGAUGGAUGAGAAGAAUCCACAACCAAAUUAAUCUUGAUUGGAUUAAUUCCAAAUGCUGAAACAAUUCCGUCGACAGUAGCUCUAAGGGAUGUAGAAUUUGCCUUAAAUUAACUCAUUAUCCGACUCUUAAGCUUUGAGUUGUGGAUCCCACGACUGUAAGCUCCUCACGGGGCAAGAGCCACAUCUCUGGGACAUGUGAAGGGUCUAAGGUGCUUGGCGGUACUCUGUACCUGUGGAGUACUCAGUAUCCUGGGCAGUACUCUAUACCUGGGGAGUAAUCAGUACUCUGGGUAGUACUCUGUACCUGGGGAGUACUCAGUACCCUGGGUAGUACUCUGUACCUGGGGAGUACUCAGUACCCUGGGUAGUACUCUGUACCUGGGGAGUACUCAGCACCCUGGGCAGUACUCUGUACCUGGGGAGUACUCAGUACCCUGGGCAGUACUCUGUACCCUGUGUCAGUACUGUGUACCGUGGAUAGUACUCAGUACCUUCUGUCUGAUGUUGCUGACUAGACCUAAAAAUUAACCCCAUAAAACCUACUAUUAUUAAAAUGUAGCAAAGACUAUACAUUGUCCUUUCUCUUUUCUUACAGACCAUAAGACAAAUAGCAAAGUGGUCAUUUUCUGUGCUGUAGCCCCGAUCCUUCGCAUAAGCAUGUUUAUGUGAACUACAGAGGUGCCUGCCAUCAGGAUUAAAGAGCUUUAGUGGAACAUCAUGUGAUAAGCUCAGUUUAAUUCAGACAUGAAGGGCACAGCCGUCAUAAGCAGUUAGCACAGAGCAUUCCACAUUUCCCAAGUCAAGUUUCCAUUGCAGUGGGAGAAACUGUCGCACAGUCGCCUUUGCCCUAGCAGGCAUGCUUUCAGGCUCAGUUACUUCUCCUAGUCCGAGUAUUAGCUGCUCAGCCCAGAAACAGUUAGCUGGAGGCAACGUCUGAAACAGGAACUUUUGAAAUGAAAAAAUGGUUCAACUGAGGUGUCACAUCCUCUGUGCCAUCUGGAGGCUGACAGCUUGUCAUGGGCUUUUGUAGCACAGGAUGUACAGUUGGACAGGGCUGAGGGAAAGCAAUGGUAGACAGGCUCGCAACUGCCCAGAUGUGCUACAUGGAGAUUUCCCUACAUCUUGCUGAUGAUGUUUAUGUUAUAUGGGAUAAUCAGAGGGCUUUAGAGGGAAAUAUCCUAGUUUUGAAUUAAAGGGGGGGGGUACUUAGCUUUACUAUUUGUCUUAGGUGGUAUAAUCUUAACUUUAAAUGCCAUCUAAACUUAGGUGGUUAGAUAGCAGAGGCAGGAGGAUAUGAAGUUAGAGAAAGCCUGAACUACAUAGAUGAGAUCCUAUCUUAAAAAAAAAAAAGCAAAAAUUUGAAAUUAUAUUAACUUCACUAUUUUGUAUCUUGAGGAAGUUGACAUACAUUCAGAUUGUGUUUGCAAUUUAGUUUUAUUUUUAUAUUUGGUUUAAAAAUGGCAUAUGGUUGGGGCUUAAGAGAUGAUUCAGAGCCGGUAGUGAUGGCACAUGCCUUUAAUCCCAGCUCUUGGCAGGCAGAGGCAGGCAGAUCUGAGUUUAAGGCCAGCCUGGUCUACAGAGUGAGUUCCAGGACACACAAAGAAACCCUGUCUCAGAGAGAGAAAGAGAGACAGAGACAGAGAGAAAGAGGGUUCAGAGGUUAGAGCACUUGCUAGAGAUGCUCAGUGGUUAAGAACACUGGCUGCUCUUCCAGAGGACCUGGGUUCAAUUCUUAGCACCCACAUUGCAGUUCACAACUGUUUGUAACUCAAAGAUCCACAGAUCUGACACCCUCACACAGAUAAACAUGCAGGCAAAAUACAAUGCACAUAAAAUAAAAUAUAAAUAAUUUUUUAAGAGCUGUUCUUUCAGAAAACUAGGGUUCAACUCCCAACACCCACAUGGUAGCCCACAACUGCCUGUAACUCCAGUUAUAAAGGAUCUAGUGCCCUCUUCUGGACUCAUGGGCACUGGACAUACAUGUGGUACACAUACAUACAUGCUGGCAAAACAUAUAUGCAUAGAAUAAAAAUUAAUUUUUUAAUGACA